AUGUCUUAUUCACAAGACCUUUGGAAAUUGGAAACUAUUGGAAUAAACUCACUUGAAAAUAAGAAUUCCGACGAUGAAGAAGUUAUGAAUCAUUUUAAAAACACUGUAAAGAGAGACGGAGAAAGAUACGAAGUGGCGUGGCCAUGGAGAAAGGAAAACAUUGCACUACCAGAAAAUUAUGAACUAUGUAUUGGAAGAUUGAAAUCGUUAUAUAAGAGAUUAUCAGAGAACCCCGAGCUACUACGAAAAUACGACGCCAUCAUUAAAGACCAGUUGCAAAAAGGAAUGAUCGAGACACUAGAGGACAAUAGCGAAAGAGGAGAGAGGAUACACUACAUACCGCAUCAUGCAGUCAUCACACCUGAGAAGAAUACAACGAAAGUUCGAAUCGUUUAUGAUGCUUCAGCAAAGACAAAGAAAUCAAACUUAAGCUUAAACGAAUGUCUACAUCGCGGGCCUGUCAUCCUAGAAGACCUUUGUGGAUUGCUGAUACGAUUCCGUACGAAGAAGAUUGGAUUAGUUGCAGACAUAGAGAAAGCGUUUUUACAAGUUUUUUUACAACCUAAAGAGAGAGACGUAACGAGAUUCGUUUGGUUUAAAGACAUCAACACACCUUCACCGGACAACCUACAAACCUUCAGAUUUUCAAGAGUUCCUUUUGGUAUCAUCUCAAGCCCUUUUCUACUUGGAACAACGAUAAAACAUGACUUGGAAGAAACAUCAGAUGCAGAAGUAACAGAAGAAGAAGUAUCAGAAGUAUCAAACAUCAGCAAAGACAUGUAUGUAGACAAUCUAGUGACUGGAACUAACAGCAAUGAAGAUGCAAUCAAUUUAUAUGAAAACUCUAAAGAAAGUUUCAAAGCAAUUGGAAUGAACAACGCUUUUUCCCGAAAAUGA